GCAUAAACGAGACCUCGAUGUUCGAAUCCAUAUUCAUCUCCCCAUCGUGCAAUGACGUUGCAGCCCCAGCAGUAGAAGCGUGGGUUUAUAAGUGUAGCACAGCACGAGCCUUACAAGCAGAUGAGAGGAUUUCUCAGUUAGUAACCAAUCAAAAAUACACUGAGGGUUGUUGCUGCAAACAAAAACUCAUUAAAAAGCAGGACAGAUGCUAAUGCUUCUGAAAUGUACUUGCAGAAUCAGAUAGCCGUACCUGUAACAAGAGUCAAGUGAUAGCUGCUUCACGCGUCUAAAUAAAGACAUUGAGAAGGACAUGGAGUUACCAACAGCGGAUCAGAUAUACUCUUCUGUGAUGGACAAAAAAAAUAGUGAGACUGGCCUUCUCGAACUAAAUAUCUCGAACCAAUGCUCUUCCGUUUGUAACCCAAGGGAAUCCGAUGCCGCAGACUUAAUUAUGGAUUACAACGCCGAGGUGACCGCUGUCGUUGGAAUCAAGGUGUCCAAUAACCUAGGCAACAUUUCUAAAACAGGUAUGAGGAUCAUUAAAACCGUCACCGGGCAGUGGAAGAAUCAAGACCGAAAGAACAUGCUAUGCAGGUCAGCCAGUAGCCACCCGGCCGUGGACAGGAACUCCAAGAGGUUUAAUGGACAGUUUACAUCGGUACACAUGCACAAUAACCCUUCUUCUUCGAGCCCCCUCGAGUCGCCCUGCCCAGGGUGCAUUCAAAGAGUGAAGCCAGAGAACUCCCGGCGCUUGGUGGUGAUGGGGGCUCCUAAAGUCGGGAAAAGCUCCAUUGUCGGGAGAUUUCUGAAGGGCAGCUUUGAUGAGCAGUAUGUACCAACCACAGAGGAUUUUCACAGAAAGCUGUAUCAGAUCAAAGGGGAGAAUUAUCAGCUGGACAUCCUCGAUGCUUCUGGAGAGAGGUCUUUCCCAGCAAAAAGGAGAUUGACAAUUCUUACAGGAGAUAUAUUCCUCCUGGUUUGCAGUUUGGAUGACAGAGAGUCUUUUCAAGAGGUCUGCUCGCUCCUGAACGAGAUUAUCGAAGCUAAAAAGAAACUGAUGAAGUCGAAGGAUGAUAUAUUCGUCCCGACUGUGGUCUGCGGAAAUAAACUGGACAUAGAGCUGUUAGGGAGAGCGGUGACUCGGGAAGACGUGUCCAAAGCCCUCGGACAGGGGAGCAUUUACUUUGAGACCUCUGCCAAGGACAACACCAACAUGGAAGAAAUGUUUCAGGCUCUUGUGGAGCGAGCCGGGCUACCCAUGGAGACCAGUCCUUCCCACCACAGGAGUGUCUCUGUCCGAUCUUUCCAGAAGCAGCGCCACCCGAGGGGACGAGGGGGGAAAGAGAACCUGUCUCCGUGCGGCGCUGUGUACCCCUGUGCCCGCCGCCCGAGCUUCAGCACUGACCUCCAAACCAUUGUGGGACCCAGUCUGCCAAGAAAACGGAGCAAACCACUUGAGAAAUGCCACAUACAGUAAAGCCAAUGUGACUGUUAAGAACUUUAAAUGACUUUUGGGAACUUAAUUUAUUUAUUUUAUUUUAUUUUAUAACUGGUCUAUCGAGUCAUGACUAUGGGCUGGUCCCUAGCGAAAUCUCGUAUUGAUUAAGGGACAAUCAGAUUCCUCUUGGUAAACUGUGUAAAAUACUGCAGAAUUUUUACUUUUUUAAAAACUUUAUUAUUUAACACAAAUGUUAUACUUGUUUGAAUGUGCACACAGGUAUUCAACAACCUUUUCUUACUAUUGCAAUAAAAUUACAUGCGUU